AUGGAAAAACAUAAAUUCAAGCACACUGGAAGAGCUUCUUCAAUGACAAAUAUAAAAUCAGCUUAUUGCCAAUAUCAAACAAAAUUGUCUCAUAAGACAAUGCAUUUAAAUAAAAAUAUCACUAAGUUGGAAACUUGAUUUUCUAAAAGAAGAUCAAAUAAUUUUAGAAACUCUGGAUCAUUUGCAACACAGCUAAUAAUAGAUGGAUCUACUGAUAUGAGUCACUCUCCAUCCCCGCAGCAAGCUCAGUCUCUGUUUAGGACAGAAAGGUCAAGAUUUGAAGAAGAUGAAAACCAGAAAAAUUUAGAAGAGCCUUGUUUACUAGCCUUAAGCGUUUUAAAAAAAUCCACCCAAGAAGUUUUAUAG